AUGGGCCAACCCGCCGACCAAAAGCUGCGCCAAGCUCGAUCCAGGCCACCUCGACACCCAAACGAGAAGCAUCCACAUCGAGAGCUUCGUGCCAACUACUCAACAUUACCUGAUAAUACCUCCUCACUUCCAGUCCGAAUCACUCGUUUACACCUUUACAACAUGGCUGAUUCUCUUACUGAAGAGCAAGUCUCCGAAUUUAAGGAGGCAUUCUCUCUCUUUGACAAAGAUGGCGAUGGACAAAUCACCACCAAGGAAUUGGGCACCGUCAUGCGGUCUCUUGGCCAGAACCCUUCUGAAUCCGAGUUGCAAGAUAUGAUCAACGAGGUUGACGCCGACAACAACGGAACGAUCGAUUUCCCAGAAUUCCUUACGAUGAUGGCGAGGAAGAUGAAGGACACAGAUUCUGAAGAGGAAAUCAGAGAGGCGUUCAAGGUCUUCGAUCGCGACAACAAUGGAUUCAUCUCAGCUGCCGAGCUAAGACAUGUCAUGACAUCGAUUGGAGAGAAGUUGACAGAUGAUGAGGUUGACGAGAUGAUCAGAGAAGCCGAUCAAGAUGGUGAUGGACGCAUUGACUACAACGAAUUCGUCCAGCUCAUGAUGCAAAAGUAA